UACCGCAAGGCCAAGGAGGAGAAGUUCCGCGCGCGCAGCGCCUACAAGCUCAUGGACGUCGACGACGAGUUCCAUCUUUUGGCGAACGCGGCCCGCGUCGUCGACCUCUGCGCGGCGCCCGGCAGCUGGUGCCAGGUGCUGCGCCGGCGGUGCCCCGCCGGCGCGGCCGUCGUCGCGGUGGACCUGCAGCCCAUGGCGCCGCUCGACGGCGUCGUCGUGCUGCGCGGCGACAUCACGACGCCGGAGACGGCGGCGGCGGUCGUCGCCGCGGCGGGCGGGCCCGCGGACGUCGUCGUCUGCGACGGCGCGCCCGAGGUCACGGGCGUCCACGACGUCGACGAGUUCGCGCACGCUUCUUUGAUGGCCGCGGCGGCGGCGUUGGCCGCGCGACUGCUGCGGCCCGGGGGCGCCUUCGUCGCCAAGCUCUUCCGGUGCACCGACGCCGCGCUCGUCGAGGCGCAGCUCCGGUGUCUGUUCGUGGACGUCGACGUCCGGAAGCCCGCGAGCUCCCGGGACCGGUCCGUCGAGGCGUUCGUCGUC